GCGGCUUUUACUGGUGGGUGGGCCGAGCCGGCCCAGCUGCUCGGAGGCUCUGGCAUGUCGGUUCCCGAUUCUGGUCCCCGGCCCCCAGCAGCGCCUGCCCCCUUCCCACCGGGGCCCCCCAUGAUGCCACCACCCUUCAUGCCUCCUCCAGGAAUCCCCCCACCUUUUCCUCCAAUGGGGCUCCCCCCGAUGAGUCAGAGACCACCGGCCAUCCCCCCCAUGCCACCUGGCAUCAUGCCCCCAAUGCUUCCACCAAUAGGGGCGCCACCACCACUCACACAGAUACCAGGAAUGGUACCACCCAUGAUGCCAGGAAUGCUGAUGCCAGCGGUGCCCGUCACCGCAGCGACGGCUCCAGGUGCGGACACCGCCAGCUCUGCUGUGGCUGGGACGGGCCCUCCGAGGGCCCUGUGGAGUGAGCAUGUGGCCCCUGAUGGGCGCAUCUACUACUACAAUGCUGACGACAAGCAGUCCGUGUGGGAGAAGCCCAGCGUGCUCAAGUCCAAGGCAGAGCUCCUGCUAUCCCAGUGUCCCUGGAAAGAGUACAAGUCGGACACAGGCAAACCUUACUACUAUAACAACCAGAGUAAGGAGUCCCGCUGGACCCGGCCCAAGGACCUGGAUGACCUGGAGGCUCUAGUCAAACAAGAGGCUGCAGGGAAACGACAGCAGCCACGGACACUACAGCCUCAGCCUCCUCAGCCACAGCCUGACCCCCCACCUGUGCCGCCUGGCCCCACCUUGGUGCCCACGGGCCUCCUAGAACCUGAGCCAGGUGGGAGUGAAGAUUGCGAUGUGUCAGAGGCUGCCCAGCCCCUGGAGCAGGGGUUCCUGCAGCAGCCAGAGGAGGGCCCCAGCAGUUCUGCUGGACAGCAUCAGCCACCACAGCAGGAGGAAGAGGAAUCGAAGCCAGAACCGGAGAGGUCUGGCCUCAGUUGGAGCAAUCGGGAGAAGGCAAAGCAGGCCUUCAAGGAGCUGCUGAGGGAUAAGGCUGUCCCCUCCAAUGCUUCGUGGGAACAGGCCAUGAAGAUGGUGGUCACCGACCCCCGUUACAGUGCCUUGCCCAAACUGAGUGAGAAAAAGCAGGCAUUCAAUGCCUACAAGGCGCAGCGGGAGAAGGAGGAGAAGGAAGAGGCCCGGCUAAAAGCCAAGGAGGCCAAGCAGACCUUGCAGCAUUUCUUGGAGCAGCAUGAGCGCAUGACCUCCACCACCCGCUACCGGCGGGCAGAACAGACCUUUGGGGAGCUGGAGGUCUGGGCUGUGGUCCCCGAGAGGGAUCGAAAAGAGGUUUAUGAUGAUGUCCUUUUCUUCCUGGCCAAGAAGGAGAAGGAACAGGCCAAGCAGCUCCGGCGCCGCAACAUCCAGGCCCUGAAGAGCAUCCUGGAUGGGAUGAGUAGCGUCAACUUCCAAACCACAUGGUCCCAGGCCCAGCAGUACCUCAUGGAUAACCCCAGCUUUGCUCAGGACCAUCAGCUGCAGAACAUGGACAAGGAAGAUGCGCUGAUCUGCUUUGAGGAGCACAUCCGUGCUUUGGAGAGGGAGGAGGAGGAGGAGCGGGAGAGGGCCCGGCUUCGGGAGCGGCGCCAGCAGCGCAAGAACCGGGAGGCCUUUCAGACCUUCCUGGAUGAGCUGCACGAGACAGGGCAGCUGCACUCUAUGUCCACCUGGAUGGAGCUGUACCCAGCGGUCAGCACUGAUGUCCGCUUUGCCAACAUGCUGGGCCAGCCGGGCUCCACCCCUCUGGACUUAUUCAAGUUCUAUGUGGAGGAGUUGAAGGCACGAUUCCAUGAUGAGAAGAAGAUCAUUAAGGACAUCCUUAAGGACCGGGGCUUCUGCGUGGAGGUGAACACAGCCUUUGAGGACUUCGCCCACGUCAUAAGCUUUGACAAGAGGGCUGCUGCGCUGGAUGCAGGCAACAUCAAGCUGACUUUCAAUAGUCUGCUGGAGAAAGCAGAGGCACGGGAGAGAGAGCGGGAGAAGGAGGAGGCACGAAGGCUGCGGCGCAGAGAAGCUGCCUUUCGAAGCAUGCUGAGGCAGGCUGUGCCUGCUGUGGAGCUGGGCACUGCCUGGGAAGAGGUCCGUGAGCGCUUUGUGUGCGACUCAGCCUUUGAGCAGAUCACCCUGGAGUCGGAGCGGAUCCGGCUCUUCCGGGAGUUCCUGCAGGUACUGGAGACUGAAUGCCAGCACCUCCACAGCAAAGGCCGGAAACAUGGCAGAAAGGGCAAGAAGCACCAUCACAAGCGUUCCCACUCGCCCUCAGGCUCUGAGUCAGAAGAUGAGGAGCUGCCCCCACCAUCUCUCCGGCCCCCCAGGCGGAGGCGGCAGAACCCCUCGGAGUCAGGCUCUGAGCCCUCUUCCUCACUUGAUUCUGUUGAAAGUGGGGGUGCUGCCCUUGGGGGACGGGGUUCCCCAUCCUCCCGCCUUCUCCUUGGAUCAGAUCAUGGCCUUCGGAAAGUCAAGAAACCAAAGAAGAGAACUAAGAAGAGAAGACACAAGUCGGAACUGAGGAGGCGGGCUCUGGGCUCUUACAGAACAGUCCUGAGAGCGAGACAGACCCUGAGGAGAAAGCGGGCAAGGAGAGUGAUGAGAAAGAACCAGAGCAGGACAAGGACAGGGACCUCCGGCGGGCAGAGCUCCCUAACCGCUCCGCAGGCUUUGGAAUCAAGAAGGAGAAGACGGGCUGGGACACGUCAGAAAGCGAGCUGAGCGAGGGUGAGCUGGAAAGACGGCGGCGGACGCUCCUGCAGCAGCUGGAUGACCACCAGUGACCUGAUGAGGCACCGUGCCUCGGGUCUGUGUGAGGCUGUGGCCUAGUUUACCCUCGCUGUCUGCCCCAGACUUCUUCCUUAGUUGAGUCUGUGUCCGCUUUUCCUCAAGUAGCCCCAACCCCAACACACCAUCGCCAGCACCUCCCAAGGCUGCUCGCGGUGUUCAAGGGUCCUCCCAGCUUCCCGGACAGCUAGUGCGGUCCUUGCCCUCAGCCCCAGACCAGCGAUUGGUGGUGAAUGCCAUGUGGGUGGGUGGUGCCAGUAGAUAAAAUGUGAGAAGGGGCCCCCAGGAAGAGUGACAGGCUGGUGGACACAGCCUGGGUGGCAGAGGGUGGGGACCUUACCCUCUAGCAUCAGUACCUGCUCCCGCCUGCCCGGGCCCUUGGGGCACCACCACUCCUUCCUCCAGCCCCGGGGCCCAGUGUAUGUGUGUUUCGUUUUGGUUUUGUUUUUGUUUUUUAAAUAACAAUAUUUAU